AUGGGUACUGGAUGGGAAUUAACUUCAAAAUUAAAAGAUCAAAUAUUCAAAUAUGCAUCAUAUAAUCAAACACCUGUAUCAUUAAGACAAAUGGUACAAUUUGGACCAUCACCAUCACCUGGAUCAAUAUUUUUAGCAUCAAAAUUUAUAGUUGAAGAAUUACCAAUAAGAUUAGCUAAAAAAGUAAAAGAUUUAGAAUUUGCUCCUUUAGGUUUAAAUGAAAGUCCUUCUACUAUAAAAGUUAAAAAUUGGUAUGCUCAAUCUUUUCAAGAAUUAACUGAAUUAAAAAAGCCAAUAAUUGAUGAAAAUUUAAAAAAAUUACUAUAUAAUAGUAAUGGUAAUAACAAUAAUAACAACGAUUCUAAUGAAAAUUCAACUACAAUACAGAAUCUAGAAGAUCAACCACAUAUAAAAGAAGAAAUACAUAAAAUAUCAGAUCUGUUAGAUGAUAAUCCUGCAAUAAAUAAUAUUUUUUCAGAUGAUGGAAUAGUUGUUCGACAUCAUCAUCAUCAUCACCACCAAAACCCAAAUCAGAACCAUUCAAUAGGUAGAACAAGAUUCUCAAAAACAAAUGCAAAUGAUAAUACAACAAUACGAACAGAAUCUCCAACUUAUGGAAUGACAUAUUUUCAACCAUGUCCAUUAAAUAUAAUAUGGCCUAAAGAAGUUUAUGAAUAUAAUAAAUUAGUAUGUGAAGCAUUAGAAAAAAUUAAAAAAAGACAUGAUGCAACUGUAGCAACAAUGGCUCAAGGAGUUCAAGAAUGGAAAAUUAAAAAUAAAACAGUAUUAGUAAAUUCUCAAAUUCAAACUUUUUUAGAUAGAUUUUAUAUGUCAAGAAUUGGUAUUAGAAUGUUAAUUGGUCAACAUAUUGCCCUUAAUAUGACAACAAAUUCUCCAACAAAACAAAGAAUUUCUACAAUAAUAAAUGGUUCACAAUUACCAAAAACUCCUCGAUCAAAUUAUGUUGGAGUUAUAUGUACUGAUUGUAAUGUUGGAGAAAUAGCAGAAGAUGCAAUAGAAACAGCAAAAUAUAUAUGUGAAGAAUAUUAUGGAUUAUUUGAAGCUCCAAAAAUUCAAUUAAUUGCACCAAAUCAAGAUAUAAAUUUUAUGUAUGUACCAGGACAUUUAAUUCAUAUGUUAUUUGAAACUUUAAAAAAUUCAUUAAGAGCAACUAUAGAAUUUAAUACUCCCAAAUUAAAAGAAAAAUAUUUAAAAGAUCAUCCCGAAGCAAAAUAUGAAGAAAUUGAUUUAAAUGAUUUAGAAUUUCCUCCCAUUAAAGUUAUAAUAUCAGAAGGUACAGAAGAUAUAGCUAUAAAAAUUUCAGAUGAAGGUGGUGGUAUACCAAGAAGUUCAUUACCAUUAAUUUGGACUUAUUUAUAUACAACAGUAAAUGAAACUCCUAUUUUAGAACCAGAAUAUAAUCAAUCAAGUUUUAAAGCUCCAAUGGCAGGAUUUGGUUAUGGUUUACCAAUAAGUAGAUUAUAUGCUCAAUAUUUUGGAGGAGAUUUAAAAUUAAUUUCAAUGGAAAGUUAUGGUACUGAUGUUUAUUUACAUUUAAAUAGAUUAAGUAGUUCAAAUGAACCACUACCUUGA